AUGAACUACGACAAACCACCGGGAUUUAUUUAUCCGUCUUCUACCCCAGGCACGUGUUUCGGAAACACUGUAGAAGUGUACUCCUCUACCUCGGGGGGAAUAUUAGCGAAGGAUCUCAAUUGCGGCGAGAAUGUUGUUCAGGAACCACAUAUACUGUCGGAAUGGGACUGUUUUUGUCCCAUUCACGGGUUUCAAAGGGGUCAACAGCGGAUCCUCAUGCCACCUUCAGUUCUCCGAAAUCUCUAUGUCAAACUCUCCAUCCCACUCCCCAAGCCGCUCAUAACCGAGCAUAAAAAUCCUGCCGUUGCAGGAGAACGUUCAACAAGCGAGAGCAGACAGAUUACCUGGUGCCCUGUCCCUCAACCCAAACCAAACAGAAGAGAGCCUGACAACCCUCAACGUCGCGGGGACUCUCCUCCUUACAGUCCUAGCAUAUCUAUCAUCCAGUACUUGGAGCGGCAUGAAUGCCCAAAGUCCCUUUAUGUAUUGGAGCUGUUUGGCCCAGGUUUAUACACGACGUGCAACGUCCUUUAUGUCCGGACUCCGUACGGUGCCAGCUCAACAAACCUGCACACAUGA